AUAUACAUUUAGAGACUUUUGAUUAUUUUUGAAACAAAACUAGCAAAAAAAAAAUCCUGCAAAACUAAGCCAAAAAUGGAGGAAGAAGAAGGGUUGAUUAUAGCUUUCAUUAAGGUAUGGUUAAAAGUCUUAAUCUCUCUCAUUUAUGCUUAUUUCAUUGUUUCAAAGCUUCCUAAAGGCAAAUUUAGGGUUUUCUCUCUCCUACCCAUUUUCUCUCUCUUCACUAUCCUCCCAUAUUCUCUCUCUACCCCAACAACUGCUGGUUUAACUGGUUUUUUCAUUACUUGGCUUGCAAACUUCAAACUUGUUCUUUUUUGUUUUGAUCUUGGCCCUUUAUCUCAAGAUUUAAUUAAAAAUUCUUUAUUUUAUUUUAUUUUAAUUUCUUCUUUUCCUAUUAAAAUUAAGCAAAAUGGGAAUUACCCAAUUACCCAUACCCAAAAAAAUAACCCAAAACUACCCCUUAAUUUAUGGUCAAAAUUAUUGAUUUAUAUUUUGCUUGUUUUUGGUGCUUUUUUGUGUAAUUAUAACCAAGUUUUGAACCAAAAUAUUCUUUUAGGUAUUUAUUGUUGUGUAGUUUACUUAAAUUUAGAGAUUGUUAUGGGAUUUUGCAACAAAUUGGUGGGGUCCAUUCUUGGGAUGGAGUUGUGUCCACCCUUUGAUGAACCUUAUUUAUCAACAUCAUUGCAAGAUUUUUGGGGGAGGAGAUGGAACCUCAUGGUAUCAGAUGUACUGCGACAUACCAUAUAUUUUCCCACAAGGGCAUAUUGGGAAAUUCAUAUAGGGAAGAAAUGGGCUCAAAUUGUAGCUACUUUGGGUGCCUUUAUUGUGUCUGGUUUGAUGCAUGAGUUGUUGUUCUUCUACAUCACACGUGCUAGUCCCACGUGGGAGGUCACGUGCUUCUUCUUGCUUCAUGGGGUGAGUUUGGUUGUUGAGAUUGGGCUUAAAACGGAAUUGGGCUUUGGAGGUUUACAUUGGGCCUUGGCUGGUCCAUUAACUAUUGGGUUUGUGAUGGCUACUGGGUUUUGGUUGUUCUUUCCUCAACUUGUGAGAACCAAAGUUGAUGUUAGAUCCCUUGAGGAAAUUAAGGCUGUAAGUAGCUUUAUUAAGGGUGUAUUAGGAAUCAAUUAAUUGUUUUCAAGAAUGUAAUUUGUUUUUAAGGUUAGAAUUGUAUAACAAACUUGUUCAUGAUCAAAUUCUUUCAAUCAAAGUAGUCCUCAAGAACUAUUUAACGAACUCUUUGUGUAUUUGAUUAAAUACUUAUUCGACAAUUUUAA